AUGAAGCCACACAUCCCCCCGUUAAAGAUCGCCAAACCGACUUCGAACUUAUCGGUGUCGACGUCCCCGGACGACACCAAGUAUAUACCGGAUCGUUUCUAUUCUGCUCACGGCCAGUCUGAGAUUACUCCGCCGCUGACUCCGCAAGGAGCUCGCGAUAUCAUGGAGCAAACAGAAGCCCCGAGAGCCGUUUUUCACAACUACCUGCGCGCAUUCUACCCUUUCCACCCGGCCGGAGACGUUUCGCCGUCGACGGUCACUCUCCCGCUCGACCAGGGCGAUAUCAUCCUGGUCCACUCUGUUCACACCAAUGGCUGGGCCGACGGUACCUUAUUAGAUUCUGGGAAUCGAGGCUGGUUGCCCACCAACUAUUGCGAGGCCUAUGACCAGCUCCCCAUGCGCCCGCUCCUCAAGGCGCUGACCGAUUUUUGGGACAUCAUUCGCGGAGGAUGCGGGUCAUCCCUCAAGGAUUUUGGGAACCAAGAUUUGAUGAGAGGCCCCAUUGCCGGCGUCCGGUUUCUUCUGGAGAAAUCAGAAUGCCUGACGCGAGAGGCUCCCCUGGUGAGGAAGUAUGACGGACUGCGAAGGAUCCGCAAGGCACUGUUGUCGGACCUGUCGUCGUUGGUCAAGACCGCCAAGCGGUUCCAGGAAGUUGCCAAUGGAACGCCCGAGGAGGAUGAGGUCGAGGGGAUCCUGGAUGAGAUGCUGCUCAAGGCCUUCAAGAUCGUCACCCGCGGCGUUCGAUUCCUCGACGUAUGGAAUGAGGAGGUCGGCCUGAGCAGGACCAUUGUCGAGUUGGAACAGCCCAUGAGCGACAACCAGAGCCUGUAUGAUAUGCCGCCGACUCCGGCCUCUGAGACUUUCACCCUCGCAGAGACUGCGCCGUACUCCGACACCACCGAGCGCAACGACUCGCGCCAGAUGAGUCGCAGCCGCAUGGAUUUCAGUCGCGCGUCGAUGCGCACCGAAAUGCUCGACCACCAGCCCAGGCCGGUUUCCGUCUCGACCAAGCGAAUCUCCGUUUCCCAUCGCGUCUCUUAUUCGGGGCCUUCGGCUGCCAUUUGCGCCGAGAACCUUGCGUCAGAGCGACUCGGCACGACUUAUGAUGCUUUCCUCGGCGUGCUGGGCUCCUUCAUUGGUCUCCACAUGCAGUCGCGCUCUUCUACAGAGCUCGUCACCACCACCCAGCAGGCUGUGCAAUCUUGUCGGUCCCUGCUGACUGUGGUUGAGGCCGUCUGCGAGCACGAUACCCAACGGAGCGCUUUCCUCGAGCAAGCGCGCGAGUCAAUGUGUGAGAAGUUGUCGGAGCUCGUCCACGCUGCGCGCGACGUGUUCCGUCCAGCGCACCUGCCUGACGACGACUUGGUGUUUAUGCCGGACGAGGGCAAGCGGCUGGUUGACGCUGCGACGGACUGUGUGCGAGCAGCAGGCAACUGCCUCGCCAAAGCUCGCCUGGUGCUUGAGCAGAUUGGAGACAUUGAGCUGGAGCCCUCAGAAAAUGAGGCUCCGAGUGAGGACGUGCCUGGCCUCAUCACCCCGCAACCCCAGCCUGAGACCAUUCCCAACUCGACUUACUCUCCCUCCACUCCUGGCCUCACCGACUCUACCACCCCAUCUUCCUUCCACUCUCACCUCACUUCUCACAGCCCCGCCAACCUCUCCGCCUUGUCUUCUCUCCCUUCCUCUGCCAUCAUGCCUACCCACCUGGAGGGCACGUCUUUCUCUUCGACUGACAGUGCGAAUCGCAUCAGUCACACCAAGUCGGAGAUGGGUGAAUCCUUUGGCCGAGGUGUCACAAGCACGGGUAGCAGCUUCACUUACAACAGCCACACUCGCGAUUCGGAGAUGAGUGGUGUCUCUCAGACCUCCACCCGAGCCACCUCCCCUGACAUCGGUGGCAGCUUCCAGGUGCCCUCGUUGAAGGAGAGCGUGAGCCACUCGACCUUGGCCGAAGAAAAUGAGGAGACCGAGGCCAACAUCCUGGAGAAGACUUACGCGCAUGAGUUGAUCUACAAGGAGGGCCAGGUGAUGGGCGGCAGCCUCCGGGCGCUGAUUGAGAAGCUCACUGCCCACCAGUCGACCCCUGACGCCAUGUUUGUCUCGACUUUCUACCUCACCUUCCGUCUGUUCGCCACGCCUGUCGAGUUCGCCGAGGCGUUGGCCGAACGGUUCGACUACAUCGGGGAUACCCCACACGCCGCUGGGCCGGUGCGCCUGCGCGUCUACAACGUGUUCAAGGGCUGGCUCGAGUCGCACUGGCGCCAUGACCGAGACAACAGCGCACUCGAGUUCAUCGUGGAAUUUGCCAAGACGCGCCUGGCCACUGAUCUCCCGACCGCCUCCAAGCGCAUCCUCGACCUUGCUGAGAAGGUCUCUGCCGUUCACGGCCCCGUUGUGCCCCGUCUGGUAUCGUCGAUGGGCAAAACCAACACUGCCACGGCUCAGUACAUUCAUCCUGACACCCCUCUCCCACCUGCCAUCCUCGCCAAGAAGGAGACCAACCUUCUCAAGCAGUGGAAGAAUGGCGAGGCCUCGAUCUCCAUCCUGGAUUUUGACCCCAUGGAGUUGGCCCGGCAGUUGACCAUCAAGGAGUCGCGCAUCUUCUGCUCCAUUCUCCCGGAGGAGCUUCUCGACACGGAGUGGACCCGCAAGUCUGGCUCGCUGGCUGUAAAUGUUCGCGCCAUGUCGACCUUGUCCACGGACUUGGCUCACCUGGUUGCUGACUCCAUCCUGUGUCUGGAGGAACCUAAGAAGCGCGCAGUCACCAUCAAGCACUGGGUCAAGAUCGCCAACAAGUGCCUGGAGCUGAACAACUACGACUCUCUCAUGGCCAUCAUCUGCUCGCUGAACUCGUCGAUGAUCUCCCGCCUCAAGCGGACCUGGGAUAUCGUCUCCCAGAAGACCAAGGUGACCUUGGAGCACCUGCGUGGCAUCGUUGAUGUGUCGCGCAACUACGCCGUGCUGCGCCAGCGUCUGCAGAACCACGUUCCGCCGUGCCUGCCCUUCGUCGGUACUUACCUGACCGACCUGACGUUCGUUGAUCACGGAAACCAGUCGCUGCGCAAUCUUCCUACCGAUGAUGGCGAAAUGGCGGUGAUCAACUUCGACAAGCACAUGAAGACCGCUCGCAUUAUCAGCGAGCUUCAGCGUUUCCAGAUCCCCUACCGUCUUACUGAAGUCCCUGAACUCCAGACAUGGAUGCAGAACGAGCUUGUGCGUGUGCGCUCCAACGGCGAGACCACAGCGCAGGUCUUCUACCGUCGAUCUUUGGUGCUGGAGCCCCGGGAACCUUCGCGGACUGCUACCAACAUGCAGCCCGAGGCAAACACUUCGAUCCUCGACAACGCCAAGGACAAGUUCGACUUCCUGUCAUGGUCCAACAACUCCAAGGCGAAGUCGGUUGCCACCAACGGUUGA